GCUUACCUUAUCAUAGAGCAGGGUUUCCCAAACUCGGUCCUGGGGUCUUCCAUGGGUGCACAUGUUUGUUUUUGCCCGAGCACUACUCACUCAGCUGAUUCAAAUAAUCAACGAUUGAUGAUGAGUUAAUUAUUUGAAACAGUUGUGUAGUGCUAGUGCAAAAACCAAAAUGUGCACCCAUGGAAGACCCCAGGACUGAGUUUGGGAAACCUUGUCAUAGAGAAACCUCUAUUUCUAUGUAAAAGGUCUUGUUUGGCUAUCACUUUGACACUGUGUUCUGCAACGAUUGAAAUAUUUUGGUCCCUCAUUGAAAUUGUAUCUCUACUGUAGCGACCCUGUGUUUAUAAGCUCUGAUAUCGACUCUGCCACUGCAGAAUGCUUUUGUGACACAAGCGAUGGCGCACAGGACUACGGGCCAAAAGGUUGAGGGUUUGUCGACCACUCCCAGACAAGCUCACUCUCCCUGCCUGUUCCAUUACACUGGUGUCAGACGUGAUCGGACCCCACAGAUGUGCUAGGCCGGUGAUCGCGUUCCAGUAAGGUGUCGUCCUUUUAAGGCUAGCCCGGGGACAUGCUCUUUGAAAGGAGGGAGUAAGUGUAGUGACCCAGGGCUUUUGGCCAGAAAGUUGAGGGUUUACCGACCACUGCGGACAAGCUCACUCUCCCUGCCUGUUUCAUUACACUACUAUACGUGGACAGCCCUUAUGAAGGGAGGAGAUUUCACGCAUCACAACGGGACUGGAGGGAAGUCCAUAUACGGGACCAAGUUUAAAGACGAGAACUUUAAACUGAAACACAACGGGCCAGGUAUCUUAUCCAUGGCAAAUUCAGGGGCGAACACGAACGGUUCUCAGUUCUUCAUCUGCACAGUUAAAACUGAAUGGUUGAAUGAUAAGCAUGUGGUCUUUGGUCAGGUGAAGGAGGGCAUGGAGGUAGUCUUCAAGAUGGAAUCCUUUGGUUGUCAUGACGGUGGUGUGGUAAAGAAAAUCGCCAUCACGGACUGUGGGGAGAUCAAGUAAAACACACAGACAGACAGGUUGGAGAAGGUCACCGUGGACAACGACUCUUGGAAACGUCCAAUUUUGUAAAAGUUUUUUAACUCUUCUGUUUUCCUCACCCAAUUUAAGAAAUGACAACCACAAAUACACCAGCUGUCUCUCAUACAUGUAGUCUCUUGUCAGCUGUCUGUCAUACAUGUAGUCUAUUGUCAGCUGUCUGUCAUACACGUAGUCUAUUGUCAGCUGUCUGUCAUACACGUAGUCUAUUGUCAGCUGUCUGUCAUACACGUAGUCUAUUGUCAGCUGUCUGUCAUACACGUAGUCUAUUGUCAGCUGUCUGUCAUACACGUAGUCUAUUGUCAGCUGUCUGUCAUACACGUAGUCUAUUGUCAGCUGUCUGUCAUACACGUAGUCUAUUGUCAGCUGUCCGUCAUACAUCUAAUCUCAUUGUCUUUGGACAAUGUGUUCUCCCUUCACACACACACUUACUCUAUAGCAUUUAUACUGUCUGUACUCAUGACAACUUCUCAUGUUCAUAGCCUGUGCUUUAUACAUUCAAGAGUUGUUGUAUGGAGAGGUUUGGACUUUGGAGUAUUUCAACACUGGUACUAAGAUACCUCUGAAAUGGGUGCUUUUUAUUCUAGAUGUCACUAAUAUUUUUCUAAAGAAAAUCAUCUAUAAACUAUUUAAGGCAUGUAUGAUGGACCCGACACCUAUAGAAUGUAUAAAAUAAUGUUGUACAUUUACUGCCAAAUAAAUAUAUGUUUUUAGAUUUUA